GCGGAGCGAGCCAGAAGGGAGCAUGGUCCCCGCGCCGCGGCCGCGCCAGCCUCCGCGCCGCCGCCGCCGCCGUCCCCGCCGCCGCGGACCCAGCUGCAGUUCCAGCCCCGGCCCCGGCCCCGCAGCGCCCGCCAGCAGCUCCGGCGGCCGCAGAUCCUGAACGCAGCCCCCGCCCGGAGCCCGAGCCCAGAGCCCGGAGCUAGCCCGGCCCCGCGGCCGCCGCGGCUGCGGGGAGAGGGCGGGGGCGAUGCUGCCGGAGCCGCCGCCGCCUCGGUGAGAGCCGCGCCGCGCCGCGCGUAGCCGCGCAGGCUGACAGGCGGAAGGACUGACUUCCCUCGCCGGGCAUCCUCCCCGGGCUGCCGGGAGGCGGCGGCGGCGGAGGAGGAGGAGGAGGAGAAGGGGGAGAAAGGAAGAGCAGGAACGCGAGGAGGUGGACCUGGAUCCGUUUCUCCCGGCCAGGACCCCAGCGGCCCCAGCUCCCGCUCCCCGCCGGCGCCGUCUGCUAUCCACCAGCCCUCCUGCGCCCACCCGCGAUCCCGGGCUCUCGACGCGUUGGGCCGGGGCCGGAGCCGCGCGGCAGGAGACCACCUGGCCUCCUGGGGAUGCCCACGCUGCGCUAAGUGCUGGUGGCCACCGAGGGUCUUGCAUCCUGGGGACGAAUCCCGAGCUUGCCAGGGACGUGCGGCGCAAGGUCCGGCCUCUGCUCACCCGUGAGGAGCCACCACGGCCCACCGAGAUGUCGCGGCACCACAGCCGCUUCGAAAGAGAUUACCGGGUGGGCUGGGACCGCCGAGAGUGGAGUGCCAACGGGACGCAUGGGACCACCAGCAUCUGCAGUGCCACCGCCGGGGCUGGUGGCGGCACAGCCAGCAGCCUCAGCGCCCGGCCCGGCCUCCUGCCGCUGCCAGUGGUGCCCUCCCGGCUGCCCACGCCCGCCACGGCCCCCGCUCCCUGCACCACCGGCAGCGGGGAGGCCAUCACCAGCCUCGUGGCCAGCUCUGCCUCCGCCGUCACCACCAAGGCUCCCGGCAUCUCCAAAGCGGACAGUCAGUCCCAGGGACUCACGACCAGCAUCCGGUGGGGGCAGACGCCCAUCAAUCAGUCCACACCCUGGGACACUGAUGAGCCACCCUCCAAACAGAUGAGGGAGAGCGACAACCCAGGCACAGGGCCAUGGGUGACCACGGUGGCCGCCGGGAGCCAGCCCGCCCUGAUCGCACACUCCUAUGGAGUAGCCCAGCCUCCCACCUUCAGCCCGGCCGUGAACGUCCAGGCCCCGGUCAUUGGGGUGACCCCCUCACUGCCUCCACACGUGGGGCCCCAGCUCCCGCUGAUGCCAGCCCACUACUCGCUCCCACAGCCGCCCUCUCAGCCACUGAGCAGCGUGGUGGUCAACAUGCCUGCCCAGGCCCUGUAUGCCAGCCCUCAGCCCCUGGCCGUUUCCACUCUGCCUGGCGUGGGACAGGUGGCCCGCCCAGGACCCACCACAGUGGGCAACGGUCAUAUGGCAGGGCCCCUGCUGCCGCCACCGCCGCCAGCCCAGCCAUCUGCCACUCUCCCCAGCGGUGCCCCUGCCACCAAUGGCCCCCCCGCGACCGACUCAGCCCACGGGCUGCAGAUGCUGCGGACCAUUGGUGUGGGGAAGUAUGAGUUCACCGACCCUGGGCACCCCAAAGAAAUGUUGAAGGAGUUGAACCAGCAGCGCAGAGCGAAAGCCUUUACAGACCUGAAAAUUGUUGUUGAAGGCAGAGAGUUUGAAGUCCACCAAAAUGUUCUAGCUUCCUGCAGCUUGUAUUUCAAGGACCUGAUUCAAAGGUCGGUGCAAGACGGCAGCCAGAGCGGCCGGGAGAAGCUGGAGCUGGUCCUGUCCAACCUGCAGGCGGACGUCCUGGAGCUGCUGCUGGAGUUCGUGUACACGGGCUCCCUGGUCAUCGACUCGGCCAACGCCAAGACCCUGCUGGAGGCGGCCAGCAAGUUCCAGUUCCACACCUUCUGCAAAGUCUGCGUGUCCUUUCUGGAGAAGCAGCUGACGGCCAGCAACUGCCUGGGGGUGCUGGCCAUGGCCGAGGCCAUGCAGUGCAGCGAGCUCUACCACAUGGCCAAGGCCUUCGCGCUGCAGAUCUUCCCCGAGGUGGCCGCCCAGGAGGAGAUCCUCGGCAUCUCCAAGGACGACUUCAUCGCCUACAUCUCCAACGACAGCCUCAACACCAAGGCCGAGGAGCUGGUGUACGAGACCGUCAUCAAGUGGAUCAAGAAGGACCCUGCCUCCCGCGCACAGUACGCCGCGGAGCUCCUGGCGGUGGUCCGCCUCCCCUUCAUCCACCCCAGCUACCUGCUCAACGUGGUGGACAACGAGGAGCUGAUCAAGUCGUCGGAAGCGUGCCGGGACCUGGUCAACGAGGCCAAGCGCUACCACAUGCUGCCCCACGCCCGCCAGGAGAUGCAGACACCCCGAACCCGGCCCCGCCUCUCCGCAGGUGUGGCUGAAGUCAUCGUCCUGGUCGGGGGCCGCCAGAUGGUGGGGAUGACGCAGCGCUCCCUGGUGGCUGUCACCUGCUGGAACCCACAGAACAACAAGUGGUACCCCUUGGCCUCCCUGCCUUUCUACGACCGCGAGUUCUUCAGCGUAGUGAGUGCUGGGGACAACAUCUACCUCUCAGGUGGGAUGGAAUCGGGGGUGACGCUGGCCGACGUCUGGUGCUACAUGUCCCUGCUCGAUAACUGGAACCUCGUCUCCAGAAUGACGGUCCCCCGCUGCCGGCACAACAGCCUGGUCUACGACGGGAAGAUCUACACCCUGGGCGGACUCGGCGUGGCAGGCAACGUGGACCACGUGGAGAGGUACGACACCAUCACCAACCAGUGGGAGGCGGUGGCCCCUCUGCCCAAGGCCGUGCACUCCGCCGCGGCCACCGUGUGCGGCGGCAAGAUCUACGUGUUCGGCGGCGUGAACGAGGCGGGCAGGGCCGCGGGCGUCCUCCAGUCUUACGUCCCGCAGACCAACACGUGGAGCUUCAUCGAGUCCCCAAUGAUCGACAACAAGUACGCUCCCGCCGUCACCCUCAACGGCUUCGUGUUCAUCCUGGGUGGGGCCUACGCCAGAGCCACCACCAUCUACGACCCCGAGAAAGGGAACAUUAAGGCCGGCCCGAACAUGAAUCACUCUCGCCAGUUCUGCAGUGCCGUGGUGCUCGACGGCAAGAUUUAUGCGACUGGGGGCAUUGUCAGCAGCGAGGGCCCGGCGCUGGGCAACAUGGAAGCCUACGAGCCCGCCACCAACACGUGGACCCUCCUCCCCCACAUGCCCUGCCCCGUGUUCAGACACGGCUGCGUCGUGAUAAAGAAAUAUAUUCAAAGCGGCUGACGCCAGCGGGUGGCCCACACGAGACUGUGGACGCGCCGGGUGAGGCCAGUGCGUCUCACGACGACCAGCUUCCAGCAGCACCAGUAAGAGGCCGACAGACACAACCAAGGAACUCACUGCGCGAAACACCCGAAUCCUCUCUACAGUGAAUGUAGGAAAUCAUCCUUGCCUUUGGGGGAGCGGGGGCCCAGCGCCCCGAGACCGUGACCGCCCGCCCGCCCGCGAGCGGGGCCUGGGGCUCCGGCGGAGGAACUUGCUCUCAGCGGAGGCGCUCCCUCUGCCCGGUGCAAUAGAUUCUCACAUAUUUUUCAACUGGGAGAGAGAAGCUGUUUUUUUUCCUUCCCGCAGAGCAAGCGUGACCCCCAGGCCACCCUGGGUCAGUUGUCCUGUGACAAUAUUAGGCAUCGGGCUCUCUCGGAUAUACGAUCAAAGUGUCCUUAUCACUUUGAUUCCUGCUUUUUCCUUUUUAACCAGUCGACACUUCCAGUGGCCGAGAGAGGACAAGGGACAGUGCCGUGCGGCACGAGGUCUAGGAGGCGGCCGGUCCCCACCGGGGCCGAAGAGGUCCAGGCACCUGUGCUGCGGGGGCAGCUGGCGGGCCGCUGGGGGAGCCGCUGGGGGAGCCGUCCGUCCUUCCCAGGUUGUCCUACCACGUUUUCGGCGGAGAAGGACGAGAUGAUUGUGCUAGCUUUCUCUUAUCCAAUAUGAAUUAUUUAGAUUUCCAAGGCAUUUUCUUGAUAAACAAGAGGCUAUUUUUGAGUACCGAGAGGAGGAGGAGGCCACGAGAGGGAGAAUGCGGGAAUUCCCAAAGCUCUUUGUAGGUAGUGCCCGAGCGGGGGCGUUUGCUCUGAUUUUUCUACGUGCAGAAUAAAGGAUCUCUCCUGGGGGGGCGGGGGAAUGAACGCCCCCGUUUUAUUUUUAGAAAAAGUAACUCCCAGACAGCCGCCUUGAAAGCUGUGCCUCCUGGGGGUAUUGUCAAACAAAACAGUUCUGUUCUCCGGGGAAACACCUGUCCAGCUCCCUCCGUGAGGUACGGCUGAGGACCCAGGCCAGGCGGGACGGGCAGGAGAGAGGGAGGGAGGAUACAGGUCUACAAAGCACAGGAGACUAUUUUUGAUAUUUAUAGCUAUAUAUUCAGGCGCCUGCCAGCAGAGCUCUCAGGAUGGGGACAGCCUCCGCAGACGAGCCGUGACAGCCCAGGCCACGGGGUGCACGCAGGAGCGCACCCUUCUUGAGCGUGUGGUCCUGAGACAGGGGAGCCGGGACGGAGGUGGCACCGAGGCUCGCGCGCGGGGGGGCCUUCCCGCCGGUCUCCGACCCUCGGGCCUCACGCAGCGACCAGUUUCCCCUCCAGGGCGAGAAGGGUGCCGCCGCUCCUGCGCCGUUUUGUGGAAGUUGGUACCAAAUACGCAUUGACCAUUUUUAUACCUAGGAAGUCAACUCGCUGUCAUUCGAGGAUUUAAAAAAAAAAAAAAAAAAGAAAGGAAAGAAAAGGAAGAAAACAUUCACGCGGAGAAAAGGACAGGACAGGCCUCCCACCUCUCAGCAUCCGAUGACACGGGAAUUCCAGUUCUAGCACUUACGAGUGUGGCUCCCACUUGGACGCGAUGCCGAGCUUCGUUAUGCAGUUUUUAAUAUUAUUUAUUCUUUUAAAAAAGUAAUAAGCACAAAACUACAUACAUUGUAUGUCAUUUAAUGUAUUUAUGUCAAACAGGGUGCAAGUGUGAACCCAAGGACUGGAGCACAAGUCCCUAGCUGCCCGGGGCGGGGCCACGCUAGCGUCGGCGGCGAGCGCUGCCUCCAAAGGAGGUGUCGGCGGCCAGCGGGACUCCGCGCGGGGGACGCGGGGGCGCGGGGGCGCGCGCCCCUCCUCCUCCUCCGUCGCACUGGAGCAAAGCUGGCCGCGUCUGUGAAUGACACAAACAGGGUUCUCUGUAAUGGUAUUGUACAUAGUAUAUGUUUAUUGUUAAGUUCUUGUUAUAUUAUAAUAAAUAUAUUUAUAGAUCUAGA